GAAAUGAUUUUUUUUAUUCAUUUUCCCGCGGUUACAGUGUAAACUGGAAGCGGCAGGGAGCGGAGUUUUACUGCACCGUGUGAACAGUGGUCUUCAGUGCCGGCUGCGGACAUUGUACCCUCCUCACAGCGGACAAUGCCGCCCAAGAGCCCGAGGAGAGGAGCGGCCAGCCGAGCCCCGGAGGAGCAGCCCAGCGGAGGAGGGAAUGAAAUUGGUGACCAAGAUUUUGCUACAUUAUGUGAGAAACUAAAAGUCUCGUCUCCUGUGAGAUCUCGGGCCUGGCAGGCGUACAAAAAGAUGAUUGCUUCAGAUUUGAUUCUGCAGGACACACUGAAGAAGAUUGAAGCUCUGGGACUUUGCCUGUUCAUUGCCUCCGUCGACUCUGAUGACAUGACGUUCACCUUUACUGAAAUUUUACGGGCUUUAGAUAUAAGCGUCAGCAAUUUUUUUCGGCUUUUGAAUCAAAUUGAUAUCAACAUGGAUAAUCUGAGCACCAAAGUUGAUAAUGCAGUCUCAAAGCUUCAGAAAAGAUAUGAAACAACAUGCAACUUGUACCAAAAAUUUCAGAGGACCUUUGACAACAUCUUUAUGGAACAGACAAAUAAUCAGACCUCUGCAGAGUCUAAUAGACUUCACCUUAUGAAAAGUUCCUGGGUUACCUUCAUUUUAGCUAAAGGGAACGUUUUACAGAUGGAUGAUGACCUAGUGAUCGCCUUCCAGUUGCUGCUGUGUGUCCUGGAAUAUUUUAUCAAGCGUUCACCCUCAGAUGUUCUCAAGGAACCAUAUAAAAGUGCAGUGAAUGGGACAUCUGUGAGUGGAUCAACCCGUGCGUCCCGACGUGGUCAGAACAGGAACACAGGGACGUCACAGAAAUCUGAAGCAGACACCAAGGUUAUAGAAGCUCUUUGUAAGGCGAACGAAUGUCCGGUUGGUGAGGUAAAGCAUGUCUAUGCCUCUAGCUUUGUUGACUUUCUGGACUCUGCAGGGAUUUCCAAUAUUGAUGGGCUCCCAAAGGUUGAUGUAAUCUCGCAACAGUAUGAACAACUUUAUCAGAAAAACAAAUACAUAGACGAACGGCUGUUUUUGGAAAACGACAACACCCUGAAAGUUGAUUUCCAAGAAAGCUUGGAGCAGGAGAGAACACCUCGUAAAAACAAUUUAGAAGAACCAUCUGUGAUUCCUCCACAGACACCAGUCAGAGCUGCAUUGAACACUAUUAACCAGCUGAUGACAAUUUUACAUUCAUCCAUUGAUGAACCAUCAGAAAUUCUUAACUCUUAUUUUGAGAACUGUACAGUAAAUCCAAAAAACGCCAUUACUGAGAGAGUGAAUCAGUUGGGUCUGAUGUUUAGACUCAGAUUUGCACGUGCCGUUGGACAAGCCUUUGCAGAAAUUGGAUACCAGAGAUACAAACUUGGCGUGCGUUUACAUUACCGUGUGAUGGAAUCUAUGUUAAAGUCUGAACAAGAGCGCUUGUCUGUACUCAACUUCAGCAGGUUGUUAAAUAAUGACACGUUUCAUAGAUGUCUGCUGGCCUGUGCUGUUGAAGUGGUCGUGGCCACCUAUGGAAGAAACUUUUAUCAAAGCUUGACCAAUUCAGAAACUGACAUAUCUUUCCCAUGGAUUCUCAGUGUAUUUGAGCAGAAAGCAUUUGACUUUUUCAAAGUAAUUGAGAGUUUUAUAAAAGGUGAACCAAGUCUUACCAAAGACAUGAUCAAACACCUUGAGCGCUGUGAACACAUGAUCAUGGAAUGCUUGGCGUGGCAGUCGAAUUCUCCUCUGUAUGAUCUAAUCAGACAAACUAGAGAUCGAGAGGGAGCAGAUCAUCCAGAAAUAGUGAGCACAUUACAGCAGCCAUCACAACAUAAUCCUACUGCAGCAGAUCUCUACCUCUCACCUUCAAGAAAUCUGCACAAUUGUGCUGCUUCUAGUGUGAACAUAACAUCCAAUACAAAUGGCCAUGGCCCACACCCUUCCCAGCCUCAGCAGAGAUCUACCUCACUUUCCGUUUUUUAUAAAAAAGUUUACCGCCUGGCAUACCUCAGGCUGAACAGCCUAUGCACCAGUCUCUUACCUGACCAUCUAGAACUUGAGCACAUCAUCUGGACACUUUUCCAGCAUACGUUACAACAUGAAUAUGAACUGAUGAAGGACAGACACUUAGACCAGAUUAUGAUGUGUUCCAUGUAUGGCAUUUGUAAAGCUAAGAACAUUGAUCUCAGGUUCAAGACUAUUGUGACAGCAUACAAACAGUUAACAAACACAAAUCAAGAGACUUUCAAGCAUGUGUUGAUCCGGGAAGGACAGCACGACUCAAUCAUAGUGUUCUAUAACCUGGUAUUUAUGCAGAAGCUGAAAAGUAAUAUUUUGCAGUAUGCAUCACCAAGGCCCCCAACAUUAUCUCCCAUUCCACAAAUCCCACGGAGUCCUUACAGAUUUCCAAAUUCUCCAAUGAAAAUCCCUGGGGGAAUUAACAUCUCUGUUUCCCCUUUAAGAAGUCCAUACAAGUCAUCUGAUGGAUUGCUUUCACCAACAAAGCUUACUCCGAGAGCUAGAAUUCUGGUGUCCAUUGGUGAAUCAUUUGGGGCAUCCGAGAAGUUUCAGAAAAUCAAUCAGAUGGUGAGCAGCGCAGAGCGACCCAUAAAAAGACAUGCAGACGGUGCUGCUCCAAAACCGCUUAAGAAGCUUCGCUUUGAUGGCCAUGAUGAAGCAGAUGGAAGCAAAUCUCUUUCUUCAGAAUCAAAAUUCCAACAGAAGCUUGAAGAAAUGAAAUCUGCAAGGACAAGAAUACAAAGACAAAAGUCUGAGGAGUCAUCAGACUCAACCAAGACCGAGGACUCCAUAAAAAAAGAAGACUAGCGGGAAAUAACCCCCGAAACAACCCCCCUUACACUAAUGUAAUCCAACCCUUCAGACGUUUAUUGGUUUUUAUAUAUCUUAGUACCACUUAUAGAUUUUUAUUUUCACAAGAAGUUUAGACUGAGAAUAGCUGGAGUUUUCAAGGUAAUCUUAAAGGGGUACUCUGGUGAAAAUUAUUAUUAUUAUUUUAUUUUUAU